CAUUGUCGGCGAAACACAUGUUUUUUAUUGACGUUAAGAAUUGCAUUGAAUUCAAUGAAACACGUGUUUGUCUUUCAAAGACAAUUGAUGGCUAAUUAUGAGUAAAAUUAAUUUCAUUUCGUGUGUUUAUUGGAUCAAAAGAGGGGUCACCAAAGAGGUGCCCAACAAAGUAGAGCUCACCAAAGAAGACCUCAAACGCAUCAUCGAUGAACACAAACAACACCUGCCAUCAGAUGAACAAAAUGACGAUCAGAUGAGUGUGUCGUCCGAAGAAGGGGAGGAAAACAAUGAGAACGACGACAAUAUUGUAGAGAAGUAUGAUCUGGAUAAUUAUGAUGACGACAGUGAGGGAGAGUUGGGAACCAAUAGUUUGAGUGCUUUGGCGAGUCUUACGGUCUUUGCCGAUAACAACGACGACCCGUAUAUACAAAAUGAU